UCGUUAUCAUUUUGAUAUUUAAACCUACAGAAUAUCGUACCAUCAUCUCGGAAGACAAGACCCGCAGUGUUGCUGCUGCUUCUUCUUCUUUUUCCUAUUCCGCCAUAUAUCUCAUCAUUCUAUUUUCUUCACUCACACACAGGUAUUUGCUUGUUAGAAUUUGCUUACAAUGCGAAAGAGGCACGAAGCUGCUUCAGUAGCAUCGAAAGGGUCAAGCAGCAGUGUUGCAAGUGAAAAGUAUAGCAAUGAUGCUGAAAUUCGCCCCGAUGUUGGUGUUGGAAACAUCAAGAGGUCAUCAUUUGCGUGGCUGGCAUUGUUCUUUAUCAUCGCUUAUUCCUGUUCAUCCAUUUAUCAAUACCAGUUUCAGAGCAUGCCUGUGCCUCUUUCUGCAGAACAGGCUGGAAAGAGGGGUUUCUCUGAGAUUGAAGCAUUCAAUCAUGUUAAGGCCUUGACUGAGGUGGGCCCUCAUCCUGUUGGUUCUGAAGCUCUGAAUGAAGCCCUGCAGUAUGUUUUGACAGCUUGCGAAACUAUUAAGAAAAUAGCUCACUGGGAGGUUGAUGUUGAAGUGGAUAUUUUUCAUGUAGAAUCUGGUGCAAAUCGACUGGAUAGUGGCUUAUUUGCGGGGAGAUCACUUGUUUAUUCAGAUCUGAAUCAUGUCGUAGUAAGAAUCUCGCCAAAAUAUAUGUCCGAAGCUAGAGAAAAAUCCAUUCUCGUCUCAUCUCAUAUUGAUACUGUUUUUUCAACCGAAGGGGCUGGAGAUUGCAGUUCAUGUGUAGGUGUUAUGCUGGAACUUGCUCGUGGAAUUUCCCAGUGGGCUCAUGGAUUGAAGAAAGGUGUUAUAUUCUUAUUUAAUACCGGUGAAGAGGAGGGUCUUAAUGGUGCGCAUAGCUUCAUAACUCAGCACCCUUGGAGUAAAACUGUUCAAAUGGCUAUUGAUCUAGAGGCCAUGGGCAUUGGAGGGAAGUCUAGUAUUUUUCAGGCUGGUCCUCAUCCAUGGGCUAUUGAGAACUAUGCUUCAGUAGCAAAGUACCCCUCUGGUCAAAUUGUUGCACAGGAUCUUUUUUCUUCGGGGGUUAUAAAAUCUGCAACAGAUUUCCAAGUGUAUAAAGAUGUUGCUGGCCUUUCUGGGCUUGAUUUUGCAUAUGUAGAUAAUACUGCUGUAUAUCAUACCAAGAAUGACAAAUUAGAGCUUUUAACAAAAGGCUCUCUUCAACAUCUGGGAGAGAAUAUGCUUGCUUUCCUGCUGCAUAUUGGUGCAUCUUCUCAUUUUCCAGAAGGCAGUUCAACAGAGUCAAAGGAAGAUAUCAGCAAUAACAAAGCCAUAUAUUUUGACAUUUUGGGAACUUAUAUGGUUGUAUACCGUCAAAAGUUCGCUAAUUUGCUCCACAAUUCAGUGAUAAUGCAGUCACUUCUAAUAUGGGCUACAUCAUUGUUUAUGGGCGGUAUACCAGCUGCAGCUUCAUUGGCCUUGUCAUGUUUGGGUGUUCUCCUCAUGUGGCUGUUUGCCUUAGGUUUCUCCCUUCUUGUUGCCUUUCUGAUACCUAUGAUAUCAUCAUCACCAGUGCCCUAUGUUGCCAGCCCGUGGUUGGUGGUUGGAUUAUUUGGCGCACCGGCUAUUCUGGGAGCAUUGACUGGUCAACAUUUGGGUUAUCUUCUAUUUAAAAAAUAUCUCUUGAAUCUACAUUCUAAGAGAAGGCAAAUUCCCCCCAUUAUUCAGGCUGAUCUUGUCAAACUGGAGGCUGAAAGAUGGCUCUAUAAAGCCGGAUCCUUUCAGUGGCUUAUCCUUCUCAUUUUGGGGAACUAUUUUAAAAUUGGGUCUUCUUACUUGGCUCUUGUUUGGUUAGUUUCUCCGGCGUUUGCAUUUGGAUUUUUUGAAGCAACACUAUCCCCAGCCAGGUUACCUAAGCCACUCAAACUGGCAACCCUAGUUCUCGGGUUAGCUACCCCAAUUUUAUUUUCUGCUGGAAUUUUUAUCCGGCUUGCUGCUACAAUCAUUGGGGGGAUGGUUCGACUUGAUAGGAAUCCUGGGGGCACUCCUGAAUGGUUGGGAAAUUUUGUGAUUGCUGCAUAUAUUGCUGCUCUCUUGUCUUUGACCUUGGUGUAUCUUCUUUCAUAUGUCCAUCUUUCAGGUGUAAAAGGGACAAUCACCCUAGCUACUUUGGUGCUGUUUGGCUUAUCACUUGCAGUUGUAUCAUUCGGUGUUGUUCCGCCAUUUUCUGAAGACACUGCCAGAGCUGUAAAUGUUGUACAUGUCGUGGAUGCAACGGGAGGACUUGAUGAAAUACAUACUCCUGAAUCAUAUGUAUCUUUAUUUUCUACUACUCCUGGAAAUUUGAAUAAGGAGGUAGAACAUAUUAAUGAAAGUUUUAUAUGUGGUAAAAACAAAACUGUUGAUUUUGUAACCUUCUCCGUAAAAUAUGGUUGUCGGACAUAUAAUGAUGCUACAAGUGGUUGGAGUGAGGAUGAUAUUCCUACAAUGCACGUCGGAAGUGAUGCUAAGGAAAAUAAAAGAAUUACACAAGUUUCAAUCAACACAAAAGAUUCUGUUCGUUGGGUUCUUGCGAUCAAUACAGACGAAAUAGAAGAUUUCAAGCUUAACGAUGCAAGAAGUUCUGAAGAAUUAAUAUCAGUUGACAGAAAGAGCAGUGUCGACGGUUGGCACAUAAUUCAGUUUUCCGGAGGAAAGAAUGCGCCGAGAUUGUUUGACCUGACACUUUACUGGAGGUCAGGUUCUACACCAAGCAUUGAUGGUUAUCUCUUGAAACUUCGGACUGACGUGGACAUAUUAACACCGAUAACUGAACGAAUUCUCCAGAAGCUUCCUUAUUGGUGUUCUUUGUUUGGCAAGUCUACCUCUCCACAUACCUUGGCCUUUUUAAGAAACCUUGCUGUUAAUUUUUAAGUAUGCUUCAAUUCUAGGUGUUGUUUUAUGGCCAAAAUAGAUACUUGUUACCUUAAUUUUUGCAAUCAUAUAGUAGGGUUUCUAAUUCUUUUUAGUAUACAGUUUUUGUCUUACUUCUUGUAAAAGGUAAUCAUAUUUUAUUUUGCAUAAUGAUGUGGACACAUCUUUUUUGAUUUCAAGAUGCCAAACGUGUGAUCA